AUGAGCACAGGGGGCUCCAGCCUCCCCAGCCCUCCAACCUUCCUUACGACUCCGGCGUCUUCCGGGACUUACACCCAGGCUGCCGACCCUGUACCGGUUCUUAUCGCCCUGGCCUGCAUUUUUCUGCUGUUGGCCUCUUGCCUGCUAUUCAUGAUGCUGUGCAAGCCCACUGCACUGGACCCUGGCCGUCAAGGGGCUCGGGAAUACAUGCCACAUCACCCAGGGAGCCCCAGCGAGCCCAGGCUCCGGCUCUGGAAGCGCCUGGGCUCGCUACGCCGAUCUCUGCACAGCUUCCGGCGAGGCAGGCCUGCUACCCAGCAGUGUCCUCUGCCGGGCCUUGAUGACCAGCGAGGUGGCUGUGACUUCACUGAAGCCACCGAGAUGUGA